UUGCCACUCGUUGUACGUCAAUCAUAGCACCACGGCUUAGACUUUAGCCUAGUUUAGGUCAUCAGCAGAUUCUGUCAUCUGCUGUCAUCUGAUGUCCGUCAGCUGAUAUUCUGUCAUACCUGCUCUUUGUCGGUCCUUUCGAUCUAGACUCGAGCACUCAGCAGGGUGAUUGUACAGUACUCACUUCACUAUUAAUUUUUCAAAGUAUUUUGUGUAGACCUACACAUUGUGUGUAAAUCUGACGGAGGAUUCGACCUCAUGAGCUCAAGCCAAGGCCUUUCUGAGUAGAAUACGAUCAUGUAGAUCUACAUGAGUGAUUUGCGAAGUAACAUGCUUGAAAUAACAUAAUAUUAGUAUUUGCAGUUCAUACGAUUCUUGCUGCUGGAUCUGCCUUGCAAGAAGGCAAGCCACUGGUGACUACAGUAUCUGGACCUGCCAGGUGUGGGGCCACCAUGAAUUACGUUGGUCGGUUCCUCACCACCUGCAAGGACUUGUACAAUGACAUCAACGCCGCCACACUAACCGGAGCCAUCGAUGUGAUCGUCGUCGAGCAAGAGGAUGGGACACUGUUGUCCUCACCGUUCCAUGUGCGCUUCGGAAAGCUUGGAGUACUCCGGUACAAGGGCAAAACGGUGGAUAUUCGUGUGAAUGGAGACGAAGUAUUGGACCUGCCCAUGCGACUGGGCGAUUCUGGGGUCGCAUACUUUGUUGAUGAGCUGGAUCCCGGUGAAGAUGGGGAUACCGAUACUGAGGUGCUGGAUGAUGAGGCCACCCCUGGCAGGGGCCGGUCUCAUUCCUGCAACAGCAUAGACCCCACUGGUGACAAAUCUGCGGCUGGUGAUGGAUCAGGACAAUUCUUGAGAGGACAUCAGCGGACUGCCAGCACUGAUAGUGACGUCAGCUUCAAAUCGUUCCAGCCGAUCGGAAACUUGCUUGGCGAAGAGAAGCUGUUAACACCUGGAGAGGGUUCGUCCUUGACGGAUCUGGCCGACAGACGCUCCACCGGCAGCGGCGAAGGGCCCGUUGUUGUGAGGAGACGACACUCUCUGUCUGGCAGGAGAGCCGUGGACCGCAACGCGAGACAAGCAUUGUCCAAAUCAAUGUGUGGCCUGCCUUACGUGUCCCGGUCCGCUCAUCCAGUGCCCAAAUUGUUCCGCACGCACUCCAAUCCUGACAUCCGCAUUCCAGCCUACCUCCGUCAACAAGCAGAGGUUGAGGAGAGUCGACGGGCAGCCGACAAUGCUGGGCAGGGAGCAACUGCUUUUGGCGGUCUUCGGUUUGGUGAUGCCGGCUUUCUUGGUGGUUCAGGGCCACUGGACCCUGCAAUUCUGGAAGGGCUUCACUCGCUGAGCGAUUCCGAGCUCAUGCACGAGGGCCUGAGCAAGGCUGACGAAGGCGAGAUGUCCUGGCCAUGGGGUGGUCUACCCACCACCCAGCAUGACUCUAGCAUCAAGACAAAGGGUGAAAGCACGCCUGCCAAUGCCAGCAGCACGAUGGAGGACAUCUCGAGUGACUCGCUCACCUUGAAUGCCGCUGCUGCCAAAUGCGGCGAUGAGUUGCAGCAGGACCAACGCAACCCAGCCGUGCUCCCGUCGAGAUCAUCUUCUAUUGUGGUUUCCAUGAUGUCACGUCUGUGGGGCUCAAGCAGUGAAGCAAAGACCGAUGUAGCCAAGGAGAAGGGUGGUGUUUACCUUUCCGAGCUGAAUACCGCUGACAUGGACCCAACUACUGAAAGUCUUUACUUCCAGCGUAAGCACGCCGAUCACACGCGUACAUCCAGCUUACCAACGCCGGUGCCAAUGGCGGCGGGGUCGCGUAGCGACGUCAAGAGUGAUUCGGACACCAUAGAUUACCUCCAGCACAUGCCGUCAUCAUCAUCCGUGGAGAGUCAGCCUCCGUUCAGCUCGUCAGCUCCCCCAGCUGAACAGCACUGCGUGCCACCACCCAGCCACGUGGCCAGAGAUGCAUACAGCGAUUCAGGUGCUUCUUCAAUGGCUGGAUCGCCACCACCCCGAGAGUCUCAUCUAGCUCUGAGUGAACCAGGCUCUGGAGCAGUAACGCCCCAGCCACAAGACGAACCCACCAAACACUUUCUAGAGUUACUAGCACCCGGCAGUGUGGAGUUCUCCAACUGUGGCGGCUUGAAGGACUCGGAGAAGGAACCAGAUCAGUUUGCUGAGCAUCGGAUAUCCUUUGAGGAGUUUGCUGACAAGCCGGAAUUGCUCAGCCACUCAGGCUUCGUCGUCCGCAUCAAGAACAGGUACUAUACGUGGCAAGCAGCUGCACCCAUAAUCAUGUCGAUGGUCGUCUAUGGAAGGCCUUUGCCCGAGAGAGCUCACCACCACCUUAUGAAACAGCAUAUGCCCCGAAAGCGUCGUUUCAUGUGGUUCUGGCGAGGUGAGGACGCUCCGCUAACCAGCGGUGCCAGAAGUCAAUCAGAGACUAAUAUCCUGCACACAAGCAACCCCGCUUCAGCAGCCAUUGCUGUGCCGAGUGAGCGCAAGGCGUACCACCACGGCUUUAGCAGCGACGACGAAGACAUCGGUGCCACCGAUGAGGUUCAUCAGGCCAGCGACUAUGAAACCACCACACCAUCCACGGCGGUCCAGUCGCCAAUGGCACGGGGCAGCGCGUUAGCUAGGGAGACCUCUCUACUGGACGCUCGUGACGAGAACGACUCUGCUCAUGUGCUCCAGCAUUCCAUGUCUUUACCUGUCGAAAGCACCUCUCCUUCACCGCUAGACGUUAAGAGCCCGUCGGAUCCGUGGCGCGCAACGAUCAAGGGUGAUUCUGGCUCCUACCUGCGCCUGCCCUCUGAGAAGCUGAAGGGCUUGCGGCUGAAGGACGGCGCCAACACGUUCACCUUCUCCGUGACGACAAAGUACCAGGGCACGGUGUCGUGUGAGGCCACCGUCUAUCUCUGGCAUCAUACGGAUCAAGUGGUCGUGUCGGAUGUAGACGGUACUAUCACCAGGUCAGAUGUGUACGGUCAAGUUCUGCCGUUGUUUGGUCAGGACUGGUCGCACUUUGGUGUGGCUCAAUUGUUCUCUGGUAUCGAGAAUAAUGGAUAUCGCUUCAUCUACUUGUCAGCACGUGCCAUUGGCCAGUCCAAGCUAACUCGUGACUACUUGCGUAACAUCCGGCAGGGCCAGCUGUCGCUUCCUGACGGGCCUCUACUGUUGAACCCCUCCUCGCUAGUUCGCGCCUUCCACCGUGAGGUGAUUAUGAAGAACCCGCAAGAGUUUAAGAUCGCCGCGCUGAAGGAUAUCGGCUUCCUGUUCUGCCGCAAGCUCACGGAUGGGCCGUACUAUGCCGGCUUUGGCAAUCGCAUGUCGGAUGUGAUCACAUACCUCGAGGUUGGUGUGCCCAAGGCACGCAUUUUCACCAUCAACCCGAAUGGUGAGCUGCGUCACGAGUUCAUCCGCACUUUCAAGUCAACAUAUGCAGAUCUUACGGAUCUGCUCGAUCAAUUCUUUCCGCCGCGUGAUGAAGUGGAUGCGUCCUCACCUGUAGCAUACAACCAGUUUAACUACUGGCGCACGCCCAUGCCCGUGCUAGACCUUGACAAGGUCCAGAAAUAGAAUCUGAUAUUGGCACGUCCGCUCUGGGACUGGAGAAGUGCCGAGAUGAGUAGUUUUGUAUUCGAAAUCAUUAUUUUGGGGGAAAUUUAUAAUAUUCUUGCUUCAGAGAUGUGCGUGAAAAUGCGCCCUAGUGAUACAGUGAUUUCUUUUGACAAAUCUUGAGAAAGCAGCACAUUACAAUUAAUACCUCAGAACUCACUGGUGUUCAUUCUUUUUCUAGGUUAGUGACAGUUUGUAAUCGCUUGCUUUGCAUGCUGUCGAGCUGCUCUGCGGCUUAGAUUUGUAUUUUUAUGACUGCCUUUUGGGGGAGUCGUUCGUGUGUGUGUGUGUGUGUGUGUGUGUGUGUUUGCAAAUAUUGGAAAGACGAUGCGCUGCAGGCUAGCACAAUACCGGUCUUCUUGGCUGCAUGCCACGCACAGCUUGGUUUUUGUCCAGUGUGUGUGUGUGCGUGCGCGCGUGUGUGUGUGUGUGUGACGUGCUGUAAGAAUUAAGAAUUAUUUCACUCUUUGCUGCAGUCGUCCUUGCUCUUCUUGUACGUACAUGUAUGCAGUAACUGACGCCAACGUUUAUCUACCCUGGAAGUCGCUUUCUACUGGGUGGUGCUUCCUGGAAUAUCUGCUGCUGCUGCUCUUUGAUAUUAUUUCUAUUCUUCCCCUAAUUCAACUAGGAAUUUCAAGCUAGCACUAUUUCUAUCAAAUACUUUCUAAGUUCGUACUUUCGGUUUUUUAAUUAUUGAUUGUUGAUGCCUUGUACCGACCUUGCCUUACUGUGAUUCAGCCCAUGUGGAUGUGCAUGUAGCCACGUCGCUACAUGUAGAUCAAGCUCACGGUGGCGUCAGACUUCCUGAUUGGAGGACUUUCAUCAUGUAGUUUCGUGUUUGAAUAAUUAUUUAUACGUGUGCUCUCUCUA